CCCGCAACUUCGUCAUUUCCUCUUCUCCUCUUACACAGAUACCAGAAACAACUCACCUUCUACCUCUAAUCAACAACCUUUCUUCUCUAAAUAUCAUGGCUGCCCCCCAGAGCGACGCCUUCAAGAAGGCCAUUGAGGACUCCAAGAAGCUCACCUCUAAGCCCGGCCCUGACGAGCUCCUCCAGCUCUACGCUCUCUACAAGGUCGGAACUGGUGAGGACUUUUCCAAGGCCACUGCCCCUGGCACCUUUGACUUCAAGGGCAAGGCCAAGUACAACGCGUGGAAGAAGGUCGUCGACGAGGGCGUCACCCCCGACGCCGCCCAGGAGCAAUACGUCAAGCUCGUCGAGGAGCUCAAGGAAAAGUACGGCUACGACGAGAACAAGGUGCCCGAGGCCGUCGGCCAAAACUAGAACGAAAUAGAAGAAGACGAAAUGUUUCACACGAUGCGAUGAGGUCAAAGAGUAGGGAAACACUGGUAACACAUACAUACAUGAAAGAAACAAGAAUAAAGCUUGGAAUGGAAAUGGGAGGGCCGUUUUUGCUAUCGGUUGCGCUGUGUCUGCACGCGCCGUGUUUAGUUGCUGAGAGAAAUCAUACCCAGUCGCUUUCUC